AAAAACUGCACCCCAUCCCGCUUGCUUAUUUUCGAUACUCUAGAACUACCCUUUUCUUUUUCUUUUUCCCAGCUAAGAAUUAAAUCCCACCCGUUGCCUCCCACGCCAGACACCCCAUCCCCUUCCUCGUCCCCCAACCGUCAUACCUCUUCCUCACACCCCAAAUCCCACGCAACGCACGUACCCAAUGGAACAUACAGACACCUCCCGAUCCCAAACUCCAUCAACCGCUCCACCAGUUCAUUUUUUAGUUGUAUUGCUCUGGAGUUUACACCGGAAGUAAAGCAUAUCAUUUCAAUCUCAAUUCCAUGCUCCAACGUCCGACGACCCUCCAAAACCAACACAAGUCACACAAUGCUUCCUUCCCGUCGUAUUUGCAUCAUCAGUGGACACCGGCAAGCAUGACUGUUUAAUACUUUAGUUCACCGGCAACUCCGGCAAGCAUUCUUCUCUUACAAACCCAAUCUCUGACUAGUUGGGGUAUUUGACGGCUGUGACUUGCAUGGCGGUGGUGAUAAGAACGGAGGAGCGAAGGAUUCAAAGAUUGGGAAGGUCAGAACCCGUCUUUCCGAGCUUGAAACUAAUCGGGUUUACACACACUUGUAUCCUCUUUUGGUCUGGGGUCCAACUGGAGUGAAGAAGAUGGGCGAAAUCCAUUUGACUGUGAGGUUUACUCGCUCUUCUCUGCUCAAUAUGAUGCAUAUGUACUCCCAACCACUUUUACCAAACGUGCACUAUAUUCAUCCACUUACUGCGGCUUAGCUCGAUAGCUUGAGGCACCAGGCCACUCAGAUUGUGUCCAUGAGGCUGAGUCGUGCGGAGCCACCGUUGAGAGAAGAGGUGGUGGAGUACAUGCUGGAUGCUGGGUCUCACAUGUGGAACAUGAGGAGAAGCAAGGCCAAUUUUUUCCGAAUCAUGAAAGGUCUCAGUGUUUUAUUUGCCGUGGGAAAAUGGUUCGAUCAGAUAUGCAGCUGGAAAAAGCACAUCACUACAGUCCUGAUCCACGUCCUGUUCUUGAUCGUGGUUCUGUAUCCGAGCUGAUCCUACCCACCAUUUUCCUCUGUCUCUUCUUGAUUGGAGUGUGGAAUUACAGAUCGAGACCUCACCAUCCCCCGCACACGGACAUUCGUUUUUCUCGUGCUGACGAUGCUCCUCCCGACGAGCUGGAAGAAGAAUUCGAUACGUUUCCAACUUCCUGUCUCAACGAUACGGUGCGUGCGAGGUAUGAUCGUCUGAGGAACAUUGCUGGGAGGAUUGAGAUUGUGAUGCGCAAUAUCGCGACUCAAGGGGAGAGGCUGCAGUCGUUGCUGAGCUGGCAGGACCCAAGGUUAACUGCCCUGUUUUAUAUUUCCUGCUUGGUUGCAGCGAUAGUUCUGUACGUUACGCCGUUCCAAGUUGUGGCGCUUCUAGCAGGUGUUUAUGUGCUGAGACACCCCAGGUUCCGCCUUCUGUGCCUCUCAAUUUGUUCCGCAGGCUGCCCGCAAGGACUGAUUGCAUGUUGUGAGCAAAAGCAAGUUUUUGCUUCCGAAUUAAUGGUCUCGCGAAUGGGUUUCUCCUCCUCUUUCCAAUCGGAGAAGACGACGCAGAGAUCAAUCGAGAUUGCUUGCUUCCUUUCACCUACCGGUGAAUGUUGGGUGCUGUGCUGGUAUGAUUUGUAGUAUCGUCGUCCAUUUCGCUAGUAGUUUUUGUGAUUUUUAUUCGCAGUUCUAUGCCUUCUGAAGGGUGCAUGUAUGUGUGUGUAUAUAUAUAUAUAAUUUUU